AUGUCAAGUGAUGGUAGGAAACGAUUAUCAGGGUAUCAAUACAGAAAACGAAAACUGGAGAAACGAGCGGAUAAUGAAAGACAAGCAGGUGCCUUAGAAAAAUUUUUGAAGAAAAAGAAACCACAGCAAACUACAGACUGUGCGAUAACGUCUGCAUCAACAUCAACUAUGGAAAAACAUAAUGAUGAUGAAAAUAUGAUGAAUCAGCAUGUUCACGCUGCCGCUUCGACAGAUAAUAAUGUCGAGGAUAACGAAGACACUCAUGAUGAAGUGAUUGACUUUUGGAAGAAAAAGAAACCACAGCAAAUUAAUGAAAGUAACGGAACGCAAUCACAAGAAACUACAGACUGCACGAUAACGUCUGCAUCAACAUCAACUAUGGAAAAACCUAAUGAUGAUGCAGAUAUGAUAAUUCAGCAUGUUCACGCUGCCGCUACUACAGAUAAUGUCGAGGAUAAUGUAGACACUCAUGAUGUAGUGAUUGAUUCUGAUCCAGCCAAAUGGCCAGGAAUAAUUAUGGAUAAGGAUAGAGUUUUUUUAGUGAAGAGAGGGCCACCACCGCCAUUAACCAAUUAUAAUUUUCCUCUUGAUAAAAACGGAAGGAAAUUCACUCCAUUCAAUUACAACCGUGUCUUGAGCAAUGGAGAAAGCGUCAAGAGAAACUGGUUAACAUACUCAACUUCCAAAAAUGUUCUUUUCUGCUUUUGCUGUAAACUAUUCGAUCAUACAAAUAAAACCUCUUUAUGUAACGAAGGCUUUAACCACUGGAAACCCAUUGGAAAUACAUUAAAAAAUCAUGAAGUAUCAAUGGCACACUUGGUAGCUCAAAAAUCCUGGUCAGAACUAUCUAUUAGGUUAAAUCAGAAGCAAGUUAUUGAUGCUUCAAUGCAAAGGAUAAUUGAUUCUGAAACAAGACACUGGACCAACGUUUUGCAACGAAUAAUAUCAAUUAUCCAAUGUUUAGGUGAAAGUUGCUUGGCUCUAAGAGGCUCUUCUGAUAAAUUGUUCGAAAACAACAAUGGGAAUUUUCUCAAACUGGUCCAGCUUCUCGCAAAAUUUGACCCAAUAAUGGAAGAACACGUGAAUCGUGUAAUGCGAGAUAAUACCAGAAAGAGCAAGCAGUUGGAUUUACCAAAUGCUAUAAAUAUUUUGGAUAAAACAAACAUAUAUUUGAAUAAUCUUCGCUCUGACGACUCAUUUAAUCGCCUUUUAGUAGAUGCUAAAGAACUAGCAGAUGCUAUUGAUGUAGACGCCCACUUUCCAGAGGCUGAGGCUAGAGCCCGUACUCAAAACUGGCAAAAGGAUAAUUGUGGAAAUUUUUCAGAAAAAAGAGGAAAGUGA